AUUUUUGUACUAUUCUCUACCUAUCUCUUUUCUUCUCUCUCUCUGAGCUUUGUAUGCAAAUAGUUUCUAUUUCUGGAAUACAAAGUUGGGCUAAUAAUUUGGUUUGAACUUUGAAGUAAAGGGUCUGAUAACCUAAUAUCUGGGAAAAUGACGAGGAGGAAAAUUCAGAUUAAGAAGAUUGACAACACGACGGCAAGGCAGGUGACAUUCUCAAAGAGGAGGAGAGGACUUUUUAAGAAAGCUUUUGAGCUCUCUACUCUCUGCGAUGCUGAAAUUGGUCUCGUGGUCUUUUCUGCGACAGGAAAGCUCUUUGAAUUCGCCAGCUCAAGUAUGCAACAGGUAAUUGAAAGGCAUAAUCUACAUCCAGAGAAUCUUGGCAAAAUGGACCAACUAUCUCUUGAGCUACAGCUUGAGAACGGUACCUCCUAUGCCAAGUUGAGCAAGGAAAUUGAGGAGAAGACACAUGAAUUGAGGAAGAUUAGGGGAGAAGAGCUCCCUGGAAUGGAUAUAGAAGAAUUACAGAAACUACAGAAAGUGCUUGAAGUAGGCCAGAGCCGUGUUAUAGAAACAAAGGGUGAGGGAUUUCUGGAAGAGAUCACUACCCUUCAGCAAAAGGGAGCCCAACUGAUGGAAGAAAACCAACGAUUAAAACAUAUGGAGAAUCUGCUUAGCACUCAAACACAAGUACUUGAACAAGGUCAGUCAUCUAAGUCAAUCACCAAUAUUUACAGCUCCUCUGAUCCUCAAGACAAUGACAGUUCAGACAUAUCUCUCAAGUUGGGGUUUAUCUGGUAUUGAAAGAUAAAUUUGGUGGUGAAAUUAAUGGUUGCAACCACAAGGCUACCUUUUCCUAAAUGAAUUUGAAGUCGAGUGAAGAUUGAGAAGCGUGCAUGGAUUCUCUUUUCUCAAAUACAAAAGAAAAAUGGUCAUGCUUAAGUAAAUACAAAUCCUAGCUCAAAGUUGUAAUUAAUUUUCAGUAAGGCCAAUUUGUUUCCACCAGCUGAUUCUAAGAGAGUCUGCAUGUGUAUACGCUAGAUUUUGGAUGCUUAAUCAUUUUUAUGGAUGAAUCAGGGUUAUUUGUUACAAUGGAAAAUAAAGUAGAGGGUGUUGGAAAAGGUCAAGUGUAGGGUUGAGACUGAUGGCAAGUCAUACUAUUAAUAAAUUGAUUCAAAAUUCUGCAA